CCCCUGCCGCUGCCCUUUCGGCUGAGGAUCAAUAUUUCCGAUGUUCUUUCGCGUCUCCAAAUGUCACGGAUCUAAAGGACAAUUGGUUAUAAAGUAAUCAUUAGUUGAAAUGUCAUGUGAGUGGGGCGGCGGCGCGGGUCCCGCUGCGCUGCCAGGGGUCGCCAGAUGCCCGCCGCCCUGCACUGCCGCCACCGGCCCGCCACCCCUGCCUCGGCCGCCCUCGCCCCGAGCCCUCAGGAAGUCACGCAGCCUCCCCACAUGGUGGUGCCCUCCUGGCCGGGCAGGAACACGGCCUAGACGAGGCAGGCGGCGGGGCAGGCGGUGGGGCAGGCGGCAAGGCCCCCCAUGGAGCACCAGCUGUGGCGGGGCACAGGCUGACCGCGACGUCACAGCCUCGCGGCACCGCUAGGUGUGGGCAGCUGUCCUGGCCUGGCCGCUACACCUGCCGCCCUGGGACAACAGGUGUGCUGCGGGAUGCAUCCCAAGUGUUUACCAUCAUGGCUGGUGCUCCUCCUCAGGGUGAGUUUUGUGUGUGUGUGUGUGUGUGUGUGUGUGUGUGUGUGUGUGUGUGUGUGUGUGUGUGUGUGUGUGUGCAGGCCAAGGGGGGGCGGGGGCGUGGAAGCGUGUGGCAACCCAGGGCGGGGCCGCAGGUGAGCGUGUCCCGCGGCUGGCCGGCUCACUCCACCGCCGACCACUCUGGCGGUCGCCGCCGCGCCGCCAACACCGUCGCCAGCCCGGGCCGUGCCGAGGCCCCGCCCGCACAGCUCCACGCCGCCCCCACACGCCCACGCCGCGGCCACCAGCGGCCACCCACGCUCCUGGAGGUGCGUCGCGCGGAGGAGGCAGCUAACGCCCGCCAGGUGCAGUUCUCCACAGUUCACCACUUCACCAGCACCACCGCAGUCUAUCUGCACCACAAACUGCACCAUCUCCCCGCACCACUAGUCCCCCGCACUCCACCUUCACCACCACCACCACCACCACUACCAACCAAACCUCUAGCUUAGUUGAGGACGGAGACAGAGCAGCGGCCAGGCAGGCCUCGCCACGCUCCGCCGUCCCAACGCCCCCCCGCUGCGCCCUGGCAUCGCAGCGCCCCUUGGAGGUCCCCACACUGGUCCGUCCCGAUCCCUCAGUGACACACGCCUGCCGCGCUGGACUCGCGCGUGACGCAGCUUUCAAUGUUUCUGCCCAAAAUUCAAUCCGUUUAGUGUGCAUUGCGGCGAGACCUCAGCCCCGCGGGUAAAUAUUUGUAGAUGGUCUGUUUACAGGGAGUGUAGUGGCGGAGCGGGUGGCGGGGCGGGGCGGGGCGGGAGUGGACUGGUCGGGGUGUGUGCCGUGGUGGCGCCGCCCGUCCGCCCUCCUAGUUCAGCAGCCGCCUCGCCAGCGGCUCUGCGGCACGAUAUCGCGUGCUCCGCCGACACCUGCUCGAGUUUUGUGACAGUAAGGAUUGAUUUAUGGAUCCCUGGCCAGCCUAGGCGGAGCCGAGCCACGAGGCAGGAGGCGCCGCUCACUCCUCGCCGCCAAACUCCUUGCCAUUGGCGCCUGCCGCGGCCCUGCCAUGCACUGGGCUGCCGGGGCGGUAGGCGGCGGGCGGCGGAGGGGCUCCAAUGCCGCCGCCUGACCCAGUUUCGAAAAGUUCACACAGUGAGGUCACAGUCGCCUUGAGCCACGUGUUCGCGCAUCACUCUGCGGGAGGCGCCAGGCGUGUGUGCCGCCUCGCCCCGCCGUGCCGCGCCGCCCCGCGUCCCACCAGUGCCCGGGGCGUCACGCUGCCCGGACCCGUCCCGCACCGCCCGCAGGUGUGCAAGUGUAAAGGAUGUCACGCGGGCUGCUGUUGCUGCUGCCGCUGCUGCCGAGGGGAUCAAUGCUGGCCGCCCACCGAGACCUGGGGCCCGUAACCACUGGACUGAGUAAUGACUGCCACGACUUCCCCGCCUCACCGUCCCCUGCCAGCCCCGCCUCGCCCCGCCUCGCCCCGCCCCGAUGGUCCUGGCGUGGUGUGUCUCCCGGUGGCUCCUGUAUGGAGAGUAAAGACUACAGACUGCCUGAGGAUGGGUGGAAUGCGAGGCUCUGCAGCUCCCCAGCCUACCUCAGCUGAUUGGGCAAGGGUGCAGCGCUAGCCUUGGGUGACGCCACGAGGAUAGGGAGGCGCUGGGCGUGGUUCGAGUCUUAUAUUAGGAAAUGUAGGUCCGUGUUCAGAAACGCUUUGCUCUCUCACCAGGACUAUUCUUAGAGGCCACGGAGAUGAUUAGCGAGGUUUUCAAUAGUGUUUCUCCAGUUAAUAAUGUAGAAAUCUUGUCAGUCUGCCUCUAGAACCGUACAAACACCUUAAAAAACACUCUGCUCACUCACUACGAUUAUUCUCAGAGGCCAUAGAGAUGAUUAGCGGGGUUUUCAAUAGUGUUUCUCCACUUAAUAAUGUAGAAAUCUUGUCACUCUGCCUCUAGAACCGUACAAACACCUUAAAAAACGCUCUGCUUUCUCACCACGAAUAUUUUCCAAGGCUACAGAGAUGAUUAGCGGGGUUUCCAAGAGCGUCUUUUACUUCAACUAGAACCUUCUGAAAGUAGUGAUUAUGGGACGCACAACUAUUUCUCGUGUUAAUAGUAUAUAAAUUUUGUUAAUCCGUCACCAGAAACACAAAACCACCCUUGAAAACACAUGUAACUUCAACUAGAGCCUUUGAAAGUAAUAGAAGUGUAAAGAAGUGUUUUUUCCUCCUAACAAUACACAUAUCUUAUUAAUACGCCCUUAAAACCACGCUUCAAAACCCGUGUAACUUCUACUAGAGCCUUUUGAAAGUAGUAGAGGCAAGACGCAGAAGUGUUUCCAACAAUACACAAAUCUAGAACCACAAAACCCCCUUGAAAACACGUGCAACAUCAACUAAAGCCUUUUGACGCACAAGAGCUACAAGAACAUGGGCCUAAGACAGCGACCCACCAGACACAGCAGAGAGAGAGUGCGAGUGUGUGCAGGUCACCCGACUAUUGAGCGCCACGGGACCUCACAGGGACCUUAUCACGCACUCACCUUAGCCUAUUGGAGGGUGCAUAAUUAAGGGCCGAGUGACAGCAGCAAGGGACAGGCUACCAUUAGAAUGAGGAAUGGCGGGGUGAGCAUUACUACGCCUUGAGUACUGAGCAUGUUGUCGUGUUUAUAGUAGCAGUUCUCAGUCAGGGGAAAUGCCGUAUAGGGAAGAGAUUUCAGGGUCUUUUGGAUUAUUGAUUAGUGUGUGUGUGUGUGUGUGUGUGUGUGUGUGUGUGUGUGUGUGUGUGUGUGUGUGUGUGUGUGU